AUGAGUUUGCGAUUGUAUAAUUACCAAGGAAUCUUUAAAUCCAUAGUACAUGCUAGAUCUACGAUUUACAAAGGACCCAGUCUUAAACUUCCCGCAAGAGCCUUAGCUACUCCACUCAGUCACAGUAAGCUUCAAUUUCAUACGUUUUCCCGUAUACUAAAUGUAACUAAAAAAACAAAUUUAGAUGAUCAAGAAAAAUUGACAAAACCUACGUCAAAGCCAUUACCACCAUUAGAACCCUUAAGUCCACUUCAACCAUUAUUACGUGAAAAUAUUUAUACGAUACCCAACAUGCUAACGGCUACAAGAAUAAUUACUGCUCCAGCAAUAGGAUAUUUUUUAAUAAAUCAACAAUCUGGGUUGGCAAUAUCAAUUUUUGUAUAUUCAUGUGUAACUGAUUUUGUUGACGGAUACAUUGCCAGGAAAUAUAACAUGAAAUCAAUUAUUGGAUCAAUAUUGGAUCCUAUGGCUGACAAAUUAUUAAUGACCAUAUGUACAUUAUCAUUAAGUUAUAUAUCAUCCAUGCCAUUGUACCUUGCAUGCUUAAUUAUUGGAAGAGAUGUGUUGUUGAGUUUUAUGGCAUUCUAUUAUAGGUACGUAACUUUGCCACCACCAAAGACAUUUAAGAGACUUAUCAAUUUAUCUAUUCCUACAGUUUCUGUUCAUCCCAACUUAUUGUCCAAAGUAAACACUGGGUUACAAAUGAUAUAUAUUGGAAGCUUGGUAUUACAACCUGCGAUCGAGUCGAUAAUGGCCGAGAAUUGGAUCGAACCAUUUCAUUCAGGCUUGUAUGGAUUUGAAUUAUUAGUAGCUACUACAACAUUUUUAAGUGGUUGCACGUAUAUUUUCUCAAAGAAGGCCAUAAAACCUGUUAGAUAA